CCUAUCUUUAUGAAUGAUGAUUCCACAUCACCAACCCCAUCCCCAUCUCCAUAUAUGAAAGAAAAGGGCUACCUUUCCAUUUUACCGCUCUCGCACUACAUUCUACCUCGCUUUCUCUCUUCCCUCCCUCAGGGACUUCUCCUCUUUCGUCCUCCGCCCUGUCUCUGCAAAGCUGGGAAACUUUCCAGAGUUGGGUCUCUUCCUAUUCUUCCUUUCUUGCUGCUGAGAAAACAGUUGAUAUCUUCUUCUUUCUUUUUCCGGUAAGGGAAGCUUGGUCGUGUUCUUUCAUGGGUUCCUGCUUUAGUUCCGGAAUAAAAGCUGAAAGCCCCUUCUCUAAUGGGGCGAGGAAAGAAGGUGAAAUCUUCCAAGCCACAAACUUGAAGAGCUUUACCUUCAGCGAUCUCAAGGCAGCCACUAGAAACUUUCGCCCUGAUAGUUUGGAUGAAGGCGGGUUUGGUUAUGUCUUCAAAGGAUGGGUGGACGAGAAUUCACUCACUGCUGCAAGUCCUGGAACUGGGAUUAUUAUUACCGUCAAGAGGCUUAGUCAAGAGAGCUGUCAGGGCGACCAGGAAUGGCUGACGGAAAUCAACCACCUAGGGCAGCUGUACCAUCCAAACCUAGUGAAAUUGAUUGCUUAUUGCAUCGAGGGCGAACGCCGGUUUUUGGUCCAUGAGUUCAUGCCUAAGGGCAGCUUGGGAAAUCAUCUCUUCAGAAGGGAUUCUGAUUUCCAACCUUUGUCUUUGAACCUGCGUAUGAAAAUUGCACUAGAUGCUGCGAAAGGUCUAGCAUUCCUUCACAGCGACAACGCCAAAGUGAUAUACAGGGACUUCAAUACUUCCAAUAUCCUUCUCGAUUCGAACUACAAUGCUAAGCUAUCUGAUUUUGGGUUAGCCAAGUAUGACCCAAUAGAGAAUUUGCACCCCUACGACACAAGAAUCAGCUCCACAUUUGAUUAUGGAGCUCCUGAGUACAAGAUGGCAGGGCGUCUGACAUCAAAGAGCGAUGUGUAUACAUUUGGGGUAGUCUUGCUAGAGAUAAUUUCGGGCAGGAGAGCCAGUGACCAGCAGGGGCCGUCGAGGGAGAUGUUACUGGUGGAAUGGGCAAGGCCUUACUUGAGUAGCAAGCAAAAGAUCUCCCGAGUGAUGGAUCCAAAGAUUGAAGGGCAGUAUAGUGUCAGCUGCGCACUGAAAGUGGCGGCACUAGCACUGAUAUGCCUGUCAGCAGACCCCAAGUGUAGACCAACCAUGGAAGAAGUUGUGAGAAGUUUGGAGCAGAUUUAUAACGGGUGCAGUAGCAGUAGUAGUAAUGAGGGUAAAUUAUCAGGAGGAUCAAGAUCGAAAGCAGCACGAGUCAACAAUGGUGGUAAACCGAGAAGGAAGAGGAUGAAUGGAGUUCAUGUUGUGGGUAAUUGAAGGGAUCCCUCUUCCCCCAAACUAUCUGCUUCUUCUUUAUGUCGAUAGAUGCAUGCCAACGGUGGUUGGUUGUGUUGUGUGUUCGACUUUGAUCCGAGGGUGAAUUGCCAAAAGUUUGUGGUGUUGAAUCAUGAUUUGUUAUAAUAGUACAGCAGUUCUUUUACCUUUUUCUCCCCAAUGUCAGUUCGGCUUGCAUGUUCUUGACUGUGUCAACUCGAGUGGUUGGGAUAUGUUCAAUCGUGGAUUAUAUACUAUUCACUAACACAUUCCCUCAAACGAAAGUCAGUCACUUCAUAAGGGGCACUCGAGUUGUUGGGAUAGGUUCAAUCGUGGAUCAUAUACUAUUCACUAACACACCCCCUCAAACGAAAGCCAUAAGAAUACAUGUGUUUCACAUGUUCUGAACACAAGAAUACAUGUGUUUCACAAAUGGGGUCACCGGGAUUUGAAUACUAGACCUUUCGAUUACAUAAGGCUCUGAUAUCAUGUCAAGAACCAAUUGAUCAUAAUAACUCAAGUUGUUGGGAUAGGUUCAAUCUUGGAUUAUAUACUUUUCACUAACAAACUAAAUACAAUUGCUUUAUGAAAUAUAUCAAGUUAACAAUCACCAAAACCAAACCAAUCUGAAGUGUUUGUAUGAUAAUUGAUAGGCGUGGAACGUGGAAAAACCUUGCAAUGGAUGAUCAAUGGCCCAACACAAGAAUGGGCCGGAUCAAAUGCUGAGUAAGGCUAUUAUCGUCCUUCCCCAGCUUUACGGCUGAGGUUUUUCUUCCAACUUCCAAGUGCCAUGGCUAGCAAGCAAUUUUUUUGUUCAAGGUUUUAGAGCUUCAAUUAAGCUCCCAGUUCAAGAAAACGAACGGAGAAGGAAACGGAAAGGUGGAGGCAAAAUGAUGAUUGCUGCUGCUUCUUCAACGCUGCUCCAGCAUGUUAGCUCCGUCUCAGUCGCGAACAUCGUCCGGCCAGGCUUCCGUUCCCUCUCAGCUGCCUCAGCUCGCAACCUAUCCACAGCCGCCGCGGCGGCAGCUGCUUCGUCGUCGCCUCGUUCACUUUCAGCUGCACAGUCCGAUACGCGCGUCCUCCUUGGCUUGUCCGAACCUGAACUUCAACAGUUAGCUGUUGACCUCGGCCAGGAAGGCUACAGAGGAAAGCAGCUUCAUCACUUGAUAUACAAAAGAAAAGUGAAGGAAGUAGAUGAUUUUAGCCAGUUGCCCAAGGCAUUUAGAAAUGUUCUUCAAGAAGCUGGGUGGAAAGUUGGGCGGUCUCCAAUCUUUCGAACUGUUACGGCUGCUGAUGGUACUAUUAAGUUAUUGAUCAAACUCGAAGACAACAGACUGAUUGAAACUGUUGGCAUCCCUGUGAACGAUGAUAAAGGUUUAACUCGCCUAACUGCAUGCGUCUCAUCACAGGUAGGUUGUCCGCUCCGUUGCUCAUUUUGUGCCACUGGUAAAGGAGGGUUUUCAAGGAAUCUUCAGGCACAUGAGAUUGUUGAACAGGUAUUGGCUAUUGAAGAGAUCUUCAAGCACAGAGUGACAAAUGUAGUAUUCAUGGGAAUGGGUGAACCAAUGUUGAAUCUGAAGGCAGUACUUGGAGCACACCGGUGCUUAAAUAAGGAUGUUGAAAUUGGGCAAAGAAUGAUAACAAUUUCUACAGUUGGGGUUCCAAAUACAAUAAAGAAGCUGGCCUCCCAUAAGCUUCAAUCAACCUUGGCUUUCAGCUUACACGCUUCAAAUCAGAAACUCAGAGAGACAAUAGUGCCAAGUGCUAAAUCAUAUCCUCUGGAUGCAAUAAUGCAAGACUGUAAGGACUACUUUCUCCAAACCAGUAGGCGGGUAUCCUUCGAAUACGCACUUUUAGCUGGAGUGAAUGAUAAGACAGAGCAUGCCGUAGAACUAGCUGAGUUAUUGCAGAAUUGGGGACGCAAUUAUCAUGUCAACCUCAUACCAUUCAAUCCAAUUGAAGGAUCUGAUUAUCAACGUCCAACUAAAAAGGGGGUGCUAAAUUUUGCUUCCACACUAGAGGCGCGUAAAGUAACUGUGAGCAUUCGUCAACCAAGGGGGAUGGAUGCGAGUGCAGCUUGUGGUCAGCUAAGAAAUCAGUUCCAGAAAAGUCCUUUGCUCACUGAUUCAGAAAUCUCGCCACCACCUGAGACCGAGCUUGCACUAGGUGGUGUUAUGAGGAGGUACAGCCCGCCGUACUAUAGCCCUCCGAGGAGAGGAUAUGGAGGUCGACCAAGGAGUCCGCCUAGGAGAGGUUAUGGAGGUGGUGGUGGUGGUGGAGGAGGAGGUGGUGGUGGCGGCGGCGGUGGAGGUUAUGGUAGGCGAAAGGACAACCAAGGCAGCCUCUUGGUCCGUAAUAUUCCUCUUGAUUGCGGCCAAGAAGAACUUAAGGCUCCAUUUCAGCGGUUCGGGGCUCUAAGAGAUGUGUACAUUCCAAAGGACUUUUACACAGGGGAACCUCGAGGCUUUGCAUUCGUCCAAUUUGUGGAUUCGUAUGAUGCCCUGGAAGCUCAGCGUCGAAUGAAUGGACAAAUAUUUGCUGGCAGGGAGAUAUCCGUGGUGGUUGCUGCAGAGUCCAGGAAAAGGCCUGAGGACAUGCGCCAUAGAACUCGGACUAGGGGAGGAGGUCGCGGGGAGAGAUCAUCUUAUUAUGGUACAUGGCGCUCUCGGUCUCGUUCGCUGUCUCGCUCUCCUCACCAUCACGGAUCAAGGUCUAGAUACCGUUCAAGGUCCUACUCUCCUCCUGCUCCAAGACACCGCCGAGACUACUCGCCGGCCUCACCAGGUAGGAGGCACCCUAACCCUCCAGUUCGAUCUCCGUCGAGAUCUCCAUCUCCCAGAGGUCCUGCUCCGCCUGAACGAGACAUUGGCCGCGGCAGGCUAUCAUAUUCCCCUCAGGGUUAUGGCAACCCAGACAAUCUAGACAAUAAAGGGAAUGGCUACGCUGAGAAACAUGACCAUGGCCUGGAGGAAGAAAGAGCGUGGAGAAGGCCACCUUCACCUGGCCGAAGGCCUGCCGUCGCCAUGUCGAGUUCCCCACCAGGUUCUAGAUCAAGGUCUCCCAUCCCGUCCCCGGGCCGCCGCCAUGGCAGAUGAUUGAUGAUCUAGCACCAUCCGCCAUCAUCUGAAGAGCACUCUUGCUACCUGCAUUGUAUGAUAAACGAAUCAAGUAGAAACGGCGUUUGGAUGGUCCUUGUUGUUUGACAUGGUUUGUCGUCUGCGCACAGAUGAAACUCUCUUUCUCUGUCAAUGCAAUAUCGGAGUAAGAAUGUUUCCAUCUUCAUGGUGAAUAGAUUUAUGGCUUUUCUUUAUCCAGAUGCCAAAAUUGCCACGCCGUUGGAACUACGCUACCCAACGACGUGUUAUUUUCAUUUUUGUUUCUUUGCCCUACGUGAGAAUGUUUACAUCUGGGUUAGGAAAUGCUAGAGUGACAGGUGGUCGUUCAUUCCUGCGACGGCAGAUGCGUUUGACAAGCGUUGUUUCCAGCCUCUUCGUUAUCUCUUUUCCAAGGUAAGUUCUGUCGGCAUCCGUCUGAACGAAGCAGUGACGUGUGCACCUGUCGUCGGAGUCUGAAGUGGCCGGCGCCGGCAGGGGGACGGAAACAGGGGGGAACAGACAAACGGCUGACUUGCCCAGCAAGUAACUUGGUAAUCUUGUGAGGUCCAUUAAUAAAUCAUAAUAAUAAACAAUAAAUAUUAGCGCCACCGUGACGUGAUUCUGCAAGGAAGGUCGUUGUUUUCAAGGGUGGAAAUUUGUCAGUCUCCUGGCGAGAUGGGGACGGGGGCAAUUUGCUUAGUGUCCUGUCGAUCCUUAAUUAUUGUCCGUUCGAUGGUAUCGGAGGUGGUCAGAUGUGGCACGUUUCCUUUUUAUUCAUUCCAAAAGCUUUUAGUUUUUUUUUUUAUCCAAAUAAAAAAUAAAGUAAAGCAUUUUUAGGGGUUCUCAAGUUGUGGGGACUAUUCC